GCCACUUGCAGGAAGGAGUCCCCGAGUGAGGAUGUAGAGAGCAGCUUUUAAAGACGUGGAGCAGGGCGCUGCAGCCUCCCAUGCACCAGGGCUCUACAAAACAAGAAAACAGCACCUAAAAUGAUCUUGAAGGAAUGAUGAUCUGUUAAUUUUGCAAACAAAACAUGAUGCACCCAACAUGCAAGUGAUUGCACAUGGAAACAAGUUACACAUCAGAAAUGACCAUGCUGAUCACAGUAUCAUCCUCCAUCCAGCCCACUCCCGUCCGCCAUCAUGCAUCUCCCCCUCCCACCCUCCCGAAGCCCAAGAAGGACAACCUGCGGCUCCAGCAGCUGCUGAAGAAGGCUGCCAAGAAGAAUGCCAUGCUAGCUGCAGAGCAAGCUAAGGCUUUUCGGUCCAACCUUUCCCCAGUGAAUGAGGCCAGCUCUGACCUAGAACGCAGUGAGAAUGUUCCCCCAGCAGAGACCCCCAAAGCAGCAACAGCAGCACCUGGCCCCACCAGCCUCCCAGUGCACCUCUCCAUCAAGCCAGUCACCCACCAUCGUGUGCACUCCCCCUUCCGCAAGAGCAAGCCCUUUGUGUUGAAGGUCACCGAGCAGAGACGCAUUGCUGAGCACCUCAGGCUCACCACCCCCCCAGCUGAGUCCCCACUGCAUGAGCCAGGUGUUCCCAAGGCUCCCCAGCAGCUUGAAGGCACAGAUGCACACCUUCCCCCUCCACACACUUCAGUACUCAUUUCUGCCCAUCCUCCUCUUUCCAGCACACCCAGCAAGGAAGGGGCAUCAGAGGCCACCUAUAUCACCAAGGUGCACACUUAUUUCCGCAGCGUCAAGGCACCAAGAGCCAAGACACCAACAUCACAUCAGAUCCAAGCAACAUCCAGCCAUGAAGACAAAAGGCCUUCCUCUCCAUCACCUGAAACAAGAGGCUCUGAACCAUUCCCAGGGCAGGCAUCUGUCCUCCUUGACAGCAGCAAAGCCCCAGCUCCUACACCGCAGCCUGCCCUCCCUCCUGCUGCAAAGGCAGAGCUUCCUAACCAAGCUCCCAGGCCUACCUCUCCUGAAGAGACUAGCAAGGCCCCUUCACUCAAGCCCAGCACUCCUGAUGUCCACUCCUGUAAAGUUACAGCCCAUGAAAGUGAUGCAGAAAUAUCCAGAUCAGAGAGAGCUCCUGAAUUGACCAGGCAAGAUGGUGAUGUUCUAAAACCAUUGACACCUGGCACGCCUUGGAAGCCAGAACAGCCUGAAACAGCAAGCCCUGCACAAGCUGAGCCUACCUCCAUAGACACAAAGGCAGAACACACUGUGCAACCUCAGCCAACCCCCAGCUUGCCAAACACCAGCCCUCCUCUCAAAGCCAGGCCACCACCAGUGGAAGACUCAAGGCCUUUUGGAGCCAAGGGCAGUGGCUGGUAUCGUCUCAGGAAGCACCUGAUGUUGCAGCCAGAAGCACCCAGCUUCCCAGAGCUUGAGGCAGAAAAACCAGGACAGGAGGAAGGGAACAAGGAGAAGGACAGCUCUCUAAGCAUCAGUCAAGACAAUAGACCAUUUAAAUCGAGAGCCACGAAGAUGUGGGAUGCUGUUUUAUACCAGAUGACAGUCAACAGGGAGAGGAAGCAGCAAGCAGAAGAGAAAAAAGCGCAGAAGGAAGAAGGCUUCUUUCUUCCCCGCCGUUUACCCAUCUUUCUGCAUAAGCCACGCUUCGAUGCCCGGAAACUGAGAGAGCUGGCUGCCAAACCCAUGACAAAGAUCACCACUAUGUUUGAGGUAGGCCGUUAUGGAUCCAGGACAGACAAGGAGCACACCAAGAGCUUUAACAGAACAGCAUCAGGAUGGUCAGUCAACUGAAGCCAAGUUACUCCAGCAGACCUACCACUCCAGAAGGUCCUAUGGGGCACCAUGCAAGAGAGCACCUGCAACUAGGUAGUCUGCCUGGCAGAGCCAAGUGUAAGGAAAAAAUAAAAUAAAAGUAAACCGCCUCCAA